GAACCGUGUGACGUAUUUCCGGCUUGAGCUGCGUGCUCGUUAUCGUCGGCCAUUCGGCGACACAAAGCGUCUGAACGUUUAAAUCUCUAAAUUCUCUGAAGUCUGAACUGUUAAACUAGUCAAACAAGCGACAUCAAUUCAUGCUGUAAUUAUAACCUAAUUAACGGUAUCGUUGCUUGGACGAUGAACUGACGAUGUAGCUAUUUCCCAUUGAAGAGUGGACGUCGACGUUAGCUGCUAGCCUUGUUAGCCACUCCAGGCCUUUCUGCAUGUCAUCGCGUUGAACUCCUGCGGCUUUGUUUUGUAAAAUGUAUCCGUCUUGGGGAAACUACGGGCCCCCUCCCGCGCAGAGCUACGGGGGACCUGGCUCCCGUAAGCCUCCGGUUGGAGCAGGCCAGGCUCCCGGUGCUUUCGGCGGCUUCGAGGCCCCCUCCAGCGGCUCGGUGUUCUCCAGCCUCCAGGAACAGCACCGGCAGCAGAUGCAGCAGCUCCAGAUGCUGCACCAGAAGCAGCUGCAGUCCGUGCUGCACCACGGUAACAGCGGCCCCGGGUUCGGGGGUGGACCCCCGGGUCCGCCCCCGGGUCCACCGGGUCCCCCGUGGCAUGCAGAAGGACCGGGCCAGGCGGAGGGCGGCGAAAGUGCUCAGCCGUACCUUAUGCAGGAGAGGACCCCGAUCCCGGCACCGAGAGGACCGCUGCCCCCCAAGCACGCUCCGCCACAGCCCCCUCCGCAAGCAGCCGAGUCCAAGCCGGCUCUGCCUCCUCCAGAACCCCAGCCGCCCAAACCACAGGAGAAAAUCGGAGCUCCAGAGGCCAGCAACACAAGCCUAUCCACCGCAACAGAUAACAGUUCCGUUCCUUUACAGGAGCAACAGAAUGUGUGGUACAAACAGCAUCUUCAGAAUUUACAGAAACUUAGGCAAGAGAAAGCCAAGCAAAAUCAGAAAGAGGCCAAUGCCUUUCAACCACCGCCGCCACCCACGAGUCAGGCAGCUCCUCCACCCCCUCCUUCAGAACCACCUAAAGGAGCACCUCCACCGCCGCCUCCAAAAGAAGAGCCCCCUGUGCCGCCUCCACCACCUUCAGAAGCAGCGAGAAACUCAACUAAAUUUACAGACACACCUGAUACUCCAAAAGACCCAGAGGAAGCCGCUCGUCUCCAGCAAUUGCAGGCUGCUGCAGCACACUGGCAGCAGGUUCAACAGCAAAGAGUCACUUUACAAUACCAGGCUCUCAUGCAGCAACAUGAAAAACUUCAGCAGCUUCUUGAACAAUAUCAACAACUGAUUCAGCAACCUCCAAAUCUGCAGACAAUGUCUGCAGAAUUGCAACUGAGGCACUAUGAAAUGCAACAGCAGCAGUUUAUGUCUUUAUUCCAAAACUGGAAUAGUUCUUUUGCUUUGUGGCAAGAGCAGUUCCAGUCUUAUCCUCACAAAGACCAAUUACAAGACUAUGAGCUCCAGUGGAAGCAGUGGCAAGAGCAGAUGAAUGCUACCAAUACCCACCUUGCAGAAAGGGUGGCCACUAUUACUGCCAUGGUGCCAUUUGCAUCAGGCCAAUAUAGUGCUAUGAUGGGACAGUUUGCUCAGUACCCUGGACAAGAGAUGCAAAUGCAGCAGCAAGUAGUAAACCCUGUUGUCCAACCUCCUCCAGUUGCUGCCGGUGCUAUGGCUCCAGGUGCUGCUGGUGCUACACCACCAGGUCAACCACCUCCUACCUUGGUGGCACAUUCAGAAUCAUCUGAAGGACCCUCUAUACAAGGAAGUCUUUCUACUGGGGUAGGAGUCAUGCCCCCUGGUCCCAUGACAGCACAAACACCAAGUUUCAACAGUAUAAGUGGGCAACGGCCCAGCAGAUUUGACCAGCCACCAAAAGGUUUUGAUGGGCCCCCUAAGUUUGACCAAUCACAGCAGCGUUUUGAUGGUCCCCCAAGGUUUGAACUGCCUCAACAGCGUUUUGAUGGUCCCACGAGGUUCAACCAACCUCCUCAACGUUUUGACGGUCCCCCAAGGUUUGAUCAACCACGGCAGCGUUUUGAUGGUCCCCCAAGGUUUGACCAACCACCGCCACGUUUUGAACGUCCCCCAAGGUUUGACCAACCACCACCACGUUUUGAACCUCCUCCAAGGUUUGACCAACCACGACAGCGUUUUGACGGUCCCCCAAGGUUUGACCAACCACCGCCACGUUUUGAUGGGCCCCCUAGGUUCGACCAGCCACGGCCACGCUUUGAUGGUCCCCCAAGGUUUGACCAACCACGUCAGCGCUUUGAGAAUCCCCUCAGACAUGACCAGCCACAAUUUGGACAGCAAUCUAGAUUGGACUCAACAAGGCCUUUUGGCCCUCCGCCACAUUUUGAAUCUCCUUCACCACCUCCGCAAAAAAAGCAACAAAGUCCUCAACCUAAGUUGGAGACGGACAUUCAGAGUUCUGCCAGUACAGAUUCAACAAAGGCACCUGUUCAACCACAGCCUGACAAAGAUAAAAAAUUACCAAAUAAGGCAACAGCCGAAGACUUGACAGAUGAUAAUUUGCUUGGAGUAGAGGGCUUUUUUAUUCCAGAUGACCCCAUUCCCCAGAAAAUCUCUGACACCGACAAUUCGUCGGCUGAUAAAUCAAAUGAUAAAAGUGUCACUGAUGAUGGCAGUAAAGACAAACCUGGUACAGUAACUGAAGCCUCUGCUUCAGUACCAAAACCCCAACCCCCUCCACAAAAUUCACAAAAAGAUCAUGGACUACUGACAAACAACAAAACUCCAUCCAUUAAUAAGACAGCAGAAAUCCAGCCAGAAUCACAAGCAUCUGCUCAGUUGGUACCAAUACCAGAGCCUCCAAAGUUGCCUCCUGGCAGGGGACGAGGCCAACCUCCCCUGCGUGGUCUUGGGCGUGGACAGUUGGGUCCUGGCCAAUUCAAGGAACAUAAUACUGCAGAAACUGAGGAGGAGAUGGGAGAAAUGCCUGAUGAUUACAUGCAACUAGAAGAAGAUACAGGAAUAGCUGAAGAUCAACAAGACUACUGGCAAGAUCCUUCAUAUAAGGGCUUUGGUAAUGAUGAAUCAGAGAUGCCCCCUGAAGAUACUUGGAUGCCAGAAGAACAUUACUUUGAAGAGGAGGAGUAUUACGAGGAACCAAUGGCACCACAUAUGGGACGAGGCAGGCCCCCAAUGAGAGGAGGGCCCCCUAUUGGAAGAGGAGGACCACCAAUGGGACGGGGAGGUCCCCUUUUGGGAAGUGGGCCGCCUAUAGGAAGAGGAGGUCCACCCAUGGGUCGAGGGUAUCCUCCCAUGGGUAGAGGAGGACCUCCCAUGGGCAGAGGAGGACCUCCCAUGGGCAGAGGAGGACCUCCCAUGGGUAGAGGAGGACCUCCCAUGGGCAGAGGGGGACCUCCCAUGGGCAGAGGGUAUCCUCCCAUGGGUCGAGGUGGGCCUCCCAUGGGUAGAGGAGGCCCUCCCAUGGGUAGAGGGGGACCUCCCAUGGGCAGAGGGUAUCCUCCCAUGGGUAGAGGAGGACCUCCCAUGGGUAGAGGAGGCCCUCCCAUGGGUAGAGGAGGACCUCCCAUGGGAAGAGGGGGAGUACAUAUGGGAAGAGGUGGUCCAUCAGUAGAUAGAGGAGACCCAGAUGAUAUGCACUGGGGAGACACAGAGUCAGCUGAAUGUUCUGAGGAAGGAAAUACUUACUGGGAAGAAUGGCAACCUCAAAUGAGAGGCAUGAGACCCCCAUUUCCACCCGGUCGUGGUCGACCGCCUCGGGGGCACCCUGGUUUCAUGCCUCGAGGGCGAGGUGGUCCACUUCACCCAGCUCAUGGCGAAAUGGGUCAUGAGCCGGUAGGUCAUGAAAUGGGCUUGGAUGAUACUGAUAUGGAUCAAUCAACGCACCCAAUGUACCCUGAACAUGACCCAUAUGGCCAUCCGAGGCAUCUUGAUGUAGGAAGAGGCAGGCAACGUGUACCACCGCCUCCUCAUGAAAUGAUGGAACGUUUGGAGGAGCCUUUGUAUGAUGGAGGGGAAGAAGAUUCUGAAUGGUAUCCGCAUGAGAGAGGCCCUCCAAUGCCUCCACAUGAAAUUAUAGAUAGGGGAGGAAUAAGAAGACGACCUAUGGGUCGAGGAAUGGCAAGGGGAAUGUGGCGUCCAGGCCCAAAUCAUGAGGAAUGUGAAGAGGUGUAUGAUGAGGACUACGCUGCAGAUUAUGACCAUGGUGAUGAGGGGUAUCGACGGCCUCCAGCCCCGGAGUAUCGAUCUGAUGAUCACCAUGAAGCCAAGUACUAUGAGUCUGAGUGGGACAGAGAUCGUGCUCUUCCUGAAAGAGAGUAUCCUCCCCGCUUGCCACCCCCACCACACCUCAGAGAGGAACGUUGGAAUCCGGAAAUUGAGAGACGCCACUUAUAUCCAUAUGAUGAAAAUGACAGAGGAAGAGGAGAGCGUCAAAUUCUUGAAUAUAGGGAUGAGCCCCCAUAUAGGCUAGAGGAAUCACCACACUCACGGGCUUCAGACUGGGAAAGGCGUUCUCCACUACCAGUGAGGGCGUAUCCCGACUACAAUGAUAGACCUCAGUAUGAUGAGCGUAAGGAGGAGCCUCCACAUGCUUCAUCUGUUACAGAUGUACCUGUAAGCUCAGUGGAAGCAGCAACCCAUGAAAUGAACAGGGCAAAUGUGCUUGCCCUUUCUCAACGGCAGCAUGAGAUUAUCUUAAAAGCUGCUCAAGAGCUUAAGCAAAUAAGGGAACUGCAAGUAGGAAAGACCCCUAAUAUUGAAAAACAACCCAGUGACGUUCUGCCAGACCUACCUGCAGGUCUCCUUGGGUUAGAGAUCCCACCAGAUGUUAGGAACGUUCUGAAGGGUAUGACUGCCGCUGUCCAGUCCGCUCCCACUGAAUCAACGUCUUGGGAAAGCAAACCAGCUGCUUCUGCGGUAGAUUACCAGUCGUCACUGUCUGCUUCAGUCAAACCUUCACUAAUGCCUAAAACAGUGGAUUAUGCACAUGGGCAUGAGCUCGGGGCAACUGUUGAGCGGAUCUCAUAUGGGGAGAGAAUAGUGUUAAGACCUGACCCGGUGCCAUCAGAUCGCAUCUAUGAGAAAGAACCGCUUGGUCUCAGGGAUUCCUACAGCAGAGACUUAUAUCAUGAGCGACGAUCAGACCCCUAUUUGGAUCGCCGGGAGUAUAGCAGAGAGAGGGAGUUGUACCGAGAACCGCCUUCUGAAUAUGAAAGAGACAGAUAUGAGAGGGAGCGUUAUCAUUCACGAGAAAGAGAUGACAGCGAACAUACCUUGGUUGAAGAAAGGUCUCCACUGGGUCCUCGAUCGGCGUACAGGGAAAGAGAUAAGGAGCGAAGUGCCAGUCGUGACCCAGACGACUAUUAUGGAAGACCCAGCUAUGACAGACCCCUGUAUGAGCGCUCCGGGCCUGACCGCAUGGGGCCUGACCGCAUGGGGCCUGACCGCAUGGGGCCUGACCGCAUGGGGCCUGACCGCAUGGGACCUGAGCGUUAUAGCUCGCCUUACAUGGAAAGAAGAGGAUAUCCAGAGGACCGAGGACCACACCCUGCUGCACCACUCCCUCCUCCACCACCACCUCCACGAGUCGAGAAGAAGCCUGAAAUUAAAAAUAUUGAUGACAUCCUCAAAGCCCCUGGCAGAUUAUCACGGCCUGAAAGGAUUGUCAUUAUAAUGAGGGGCCUUCCAGGAAGCGGGAAAAGCCACGUUGCAAAGCUUAUACGGGACAAGGAAGUUGAAUGUGGCGGUGCGCCUCCAAGAGUUCUUGUUCUGGAUGACUACUUCAUGACAGAGGUGGAGAAAGUUGAGAAAGACCCAGACACUGGAAAGAGAGUCAAAACUAAGGUUCUUGAGUACGAGUACGAGCCAGAGAUGGAGGAUACCUACAGGAGCAGCAUGCUGAAAACCUUUAAGAAAACUCUGGAUGACGGUUUCUUCCCCUUCAUCAUUUUGGACACCAUUAAUGACAGAGUUAAACAUUUUGAGCAGUUCUGGAGCGCAGCUAAAACUAAAGGCUUCGAGGUAUAUGUAGCUGAAAUCACAGCUGACACGCAAACGUGCUCAAAGAGGAACGUCCACGGGCGCACACUUAAGGAUAUAACGAAGAUGUCCAAAAACUGGGAGUCAUCUCCUCGUCACAUGGUGCGCUUGGAUGUGCGGUCCCUGCUUCAGGAUGCUGCCAUUGAGGAGGUUGAAAUGGAGGACUUCAACCCUGAAGAAGUGCCCCAAGAAACCAAGAGGGAGGAGGAAGAAGAGAGUGAUCUGAUGGAUAGUCAGUGUUUUUCCAAAAAAUGGACAGAUGGAAGAUGGAGAACAGGCUAUAUUCCAAAAAGCAAAUGGGAGAUGGACACAUCAGAGGCCAAACUUGACAAGUUGGACGGCCUGGUGAGCGGUGGGAAGAGGAAGCGUGACAGCGAACACUUGUCAGGCUUGGAGGACUACCUUCAGCUGCCAGACGACUAUGCCACACGCACAUCUGCACCAGGAAAGAAACGGGUCCGAUGGGCUGAUCUUGAAGAGCAGAAGGAUGCAGAUCGAAAGCGUGCUAUCGGUUUUGUAGUGGGUCAAACGGACUGGGAAAAAAUAACAGAUGAGAGCGGCCAGUUCGCACAAAGAGCUCUCAACCGUACAAAGUAUUUUUAAGAAGAUAAUCCGAUUCCUUAUUUGGGUUUACUUAAAGGUGCCCUGAAUGUGAACAUGCUCCAGCUUCUUGGUGGUGAAACACUCAAAGCGUUAUUCCCAACAGCUGUCAGUCCUAUUUGUCAGUUCACUAAUAAUUAUUAAAGAAAAACACAUUUUUCCCUGCUGGAUAAUUUGUAGUUGAUAAUCUGUGCUUAUUCUGCUUAAGUAUUCAGGCAACUUUUAGUUUUUUCUCCUGUUUUAUACUCUUUUGACUUCAUGUACUGUAUACCUGUAGCGAUGUUUGAGUCAAUGUGUUGUAGAAAAAAAUAAAAUGUUCACAACAUAAACUUUUA